CUGAAGUGUAAAUAUGCCCGGCUGUGGGUUGCAUUGCUUAAAACCAACACUCUGGCAAGGCAGACGCUCUUACUCCAAAAUACCGGGCCAACUAAAGCUGAAAUAUGAUGCUGUGAUCAUUGGAGGAGGACACAAUGGGCUUGUGGCGGCAGCAUAUCUGCAGAGAUCUGGAGUAAAUACAGUGGUUCUUGAGCGGAGGCAUUUGAUUGGUGGAGCUGCUGUUACAGAGGAAAUCAUUCCAGGUUUUAAGUUCUCUAGGGCAUCUUACCUUCUCAGUUUGCUUAGACCUCAGAUCUACAAGGACCUAGAACUAAAGAAACAUGGAUUAAAAGUUUAUUUUCGGGACCCUCAUUCCUUUACUCCUAUACUGGAAGCCAAUAAUGGACAUGCACCGAGAUCACUUCUUCUGGGCGCAGAUAUGGCGGAAAACCAAAGGCAGAUCGCAAGGUUUUCUGAGAGAGAUGCAAAGGCAUAUCCAGAAUAUGAGAACUUUAUGAAUCGCCUGGUGUUGGCUAUAGAUCCUCUCCUGGACGCUCCCCCUUUAGACACAAAAGCCAUUUUUGAAGGGACACUUCUAAGAAGAUUGAGGUCACUAAAAACACUCCAGCCAUUGCUGAAAGCAGGACUAACACUGGGAAGUCAGUUUCCUAAAUAUUAUGAAGUCCUCACUGCCCCUAUAUGCAAGAUCCUUGAUCAGUGGUUUGAGUCUGAGCCUUUGAAAUGUACACUGGCUACAGAUGCUGUAAUUGGAGCCAUGGCAAGUCCGGCCACCCCUGGAAGUGGGUAUGUGCUCUUGCAUCAUGUCAUGGGAGAGUUGGAAGGAAAGAAAGGAUCGUGGGGAUACGUAGAAGGAGGGAUGGGCAUGGUUUCCCAAGCCAUUGCCAAAUCUGCAGCAGCCUCUGGGGCUGAGAUUUAUACAGAGAAGGUGGUGGAACAGAUUCUUGUGGACCAAAGUGGGAAGACAAGUGGUGUAGUACUAAACGAUGGGACGGAGGUGCAGAGCAGUUUGGUUUUAUCCAAUGCUUCACCCCACCACACGUUUUUUAAUCUGACUCCAAAGGAACAAUUGCCAGCAGAUUUUAUGACGAUGAUUUCACAGUUUAAUGCAAAAUCUCCCGUUACCAAAAUUAACGUGGCUGUGGACCGACUGCCAAACUUUUUAGCUUCACCAAACAAGGUCGAUGGCAAGCCAAUGCCACAUCACCAGUGUUCUAUUCAUCUGAACAGCGAGGAAAUGCAACUGCUCAAUGAUGCAUAUGAAGACGCCAAUAGAGGAAUUCCUUCCACCAGACCCAUGAUAGAACUUUGUAUUCCUUCAUCAUUGGACCCCACACUUGCUCCACCAGGAUGCCAUGUUAUUUCUCUCUUCACCCAGUACACACCCUACACCCUUUCUGAAGGCCGCCAGUGGAAUGAGGAGGAGAAAAACCUCUAUGCUGACAUGGUAUUUGAUUGGAUAGAGAAAUACGCUCCUGGUUUCAAGUCUUCUGUAAUAGGGCGGGACAUCCUUACCCCACCAGAUCUGGAGAGGAUAUUUGGGCUCCCAGGAGGAAACAUAUUCCAUGGAAGCAUGUCAUUGGAUCAGUUAUACUUUUCACGUCCAGUGGCCACAUUUUCAAAUUAUAAGACCCCCAUCCCUGGUCUUUAUCUGUGUGGCAGUGGAUCACACCCAGGAGGGGGUGUCAUGGGAGCAUCAGGACGCAAUGCAGCUUUAGUUGCAUUACAGGAUCUUAAAUAGUCUUAGCUGAAGAUUGAUAUUUAUUGGAAGACUCUGGAAAUUGAUUUUUUUUCAGCUCAGCAUCAAUAAAGUCAAGUCUUGGUUCAUUCUUA